CAUAGAAACAGGAAGACAAGCGUGCACUACUCGGGGCCAUGUUGGACAGCGAUUAUCACUUGGAUUUAGAUUUACACGAAAUUGCCUGAAAAUUGUGCUUGGAAAUUGUUAAAAGUAGGCCUAAUUAUUCAGGUAUUGUAUAACAGUAUGUUUGUGUUUAUCGUGAUUACAGAAAAUCGGACGGCUUUAAUUAAUGUACAAAAAAAAAAAAAGAAAUAGAGAUCUACGAUUAAACAAAGGAUAUUUUUAGUUACUGACGUACAUUAGUAUAUAAUCAAUAGUUCGAUAGCUUGGCGAGUUGCUAUGUGUAUAAACUCCACGGUCCUCGGUUCGGGUAGCCAGAUCUUAUGCUGCCUUUAUCAUAUUCGUAUGACCUCGGCGCUCUAGCAAUGGAUCCCGCGUGUAGCACCCAGUCGGAUGGCGUCUAUUGUGACAUGUGUGGAACGGGUGAGGUACAAAGUCACUGUGAACUUUGUAUUGUAAAUCUGUGCAUGAAGUGUGUUGGAGAACAUCUUUCUGAGCCGUACAAAAGACACACCGUGGUGCUUUAUCGACAGAGAAGUUUGGUCCCGAGGUACCCGAAAUGUCCAAACCACCCCAAUAUAAACUGCGAGUUUUACUGUCAGAAAUGUAGGGUUGUCGUGUGUCCCAUAUGUGUCUCCUCAGGUGAACACCACAGCCACACAAAAAUAAAUGUUCUGCAAAAAAGUAGUUCCAAAACAAAACGCGUAGAAGCUGAUUUGAAAAAAUCUACUGCAAAAUUGAAACCCACACAUAAAGAAAUUGCUCCAGGAGUGAAAAUUGAGAAGGCCAAUGUGGAAGAAGCGCAUGACAAACUGACCAGGCAUCUUCCCACCGUCCCAGUCGAUCUACCCAGCAUCUUCCCCGAGACGAUUAGAACAGAAGAUAUUCACCCAUUGUUUGAUUCCCUCUCCGAAUUAUCAAUCACAGGAGAUGAAAAAAACGACUGCGCAAUGAAGACACCGGAAGUUGUUCAAUAUGUUCCACCGAAACCAGAGGUCGCGGAACCGGAAGUCAUCACUACCAUCAAUACUGGGUACUUCAACGUUUACGGUGUCUGUUGCGUUGGUGACGACAAAAUCUGGACCCGUGGAAAUGAUCCAGUUAUGAAGCAUUUCAAACUUAAAGGACACAAGCUCCUAAACUCAAUCCAGACCAGUUCCGGAAAUGACCCUCUAGACAUCGCCGUGACGAAGGACGGCUACCUUGUUUACACUGACUCGAAUACACAAACUGUAAAUAUUGUGAAGAAGAAAAAGGUACAGGAACUGAUCAGAUUAGGGGGGUGGAUGCCGCUGUUUGUCUGCAACACGCUAUCUGGCGACCUCCUGGUUACCAUGUGCAGUGACAAUAAAACACAAUGUAGAGUAGUUCGUUACACCGAUUUCACGGAGACACAAAGCAUUCAGUUUGAUGAUAAAGGCAAACCUCUCUAUUCAUGUGGUUGUCUCAAAUACAUCAGUGAGAACAGGAACCUGGAUAUCUGUGUGGCAGACUGGAAAGCCAAAGCAGUAGUGGUGGUCAAUCAGUCAGGAAAACUCCGAUUUAGAUACACUGGUCAUCCCUCUAAUAUGAAGCAAUCAUUUGAUCCAGUCGGCAUCGUUACAGACAGCCAGAGUCACAUCCUGAUAGCAGACUGUAACAAUAACCGUAUCCACAUCCUAGAUCAGGAUGGACAGUUCCUCCGUUACAUUGACACCUGCGGUCUCCAGCUACCAUCUGGUUUGUGUCUCGACUCGAAAGACAACCUCUUUGUUGCUGAGCGUGCAGGAGAAACUGUGAAAAAAAUUCGAUACCAAUAUUAAAUCUGAUGGAGAUUAACACUAAUCCGUUAUAGAUUAACAUUAUACCUUGACUUGUACUGUAUGUGCUUGAUAAUUUGUUCUGGUUUUAAAUAAAGAUCACUGUGGGAAAAUGCUUUCAUCUUGAGACGAAUACUUUUCAAUAAACCUAAAAUAUUAA